AUGCUGUCUCUUGGAAGAGCGGCUGCUCUUACGCUAGGGUUCUUUGGUGCAAGCCAGGCUUUGAAAGCAACGAUCCUUGCCGACACCAACCGCGAUGGCAAAGUGGACGCUGCCGGAAAGAGUGACCUCGCUGGCAAAAAUCGUUGGACUGAGACAUCUGGUGCUCUCUUCCUUGCCAACAUAGGCGACUCCAAUGGGCGAUGCGCAGCCAACAUUACCACGGACAUACUUGCAGAUGACUAUGUGGAUUAUUCUCUCUGCCACGAUGCCACUGACAAUGUCCAGCGCAACCCCAAGUAUCUAGCGCCUGUUUUGACUCUACCAAUUUCCAAUCUCAGUGCCUUGGCAACGGGAUCCGUCGUGGUUGUUGACAAGACUGCCGCCCCCAAGGUGCGCAUUUUCCUCAAGGACGGUGCCAAUUGGGCCUACGUUCCGUCCAACUACACCUUCACGGCGGAGCAAUUGCGGCAGGGUCUGAACUUGGGCAUUGACGCCCGUGAUGUCCGCACUCCGGAAUGGGAUGGCAGAGCCACAGUGCAGUUCUCUGUCAAAGAUGGGAGCGCCGAGGCCAAAGACAGCGUCGCCAUGCGAGUUGCUCCUGUUCUGACGCAUCACCACGCCCAACUCGCUGAGCAGGUGUUUGCGACAGACGGGUGGGUACCCGAGGAAGUCGGCAACAGAACUAAUCAAUUUGCUGAGGAUCUCGAGAGACUCUCAGCUCAGGCUGGCUUGAAGCAGCCGUUCUAUGCAGUAAAUGUCACAGACAACUGGACUCAGGACUUCUUUGAGCCGGGAUAUACGACCAUGCCAGGACCAGACGGCCCAGUUGUACUCCGCGUCAUGAUAGCUUCAGCGCAGAAAGAUUCUGAAAGGAACAGAUCGCACCGCUGGCUUUUCCGCGAGCUACGGUCUGAUACCGCUGGAGCUGUUUUGCACCGCACAUUUGGAGGUACUACAGAUUCUACUGGCAAUUUGGAAACGGUCCCGCCAUACACAUUCAAUGGCAAAUCUUACCCCGCCGGCCGUGCGAUCAUGGGCUCACAUUCUGGUGUGAAACCUGAAAUGGUCAAGUUUCUUGACGCACAAGAGGUACAGGCACCCAUCGAGAUCGACACGACCUGGCUUGAAGUUGGACACACAGACGAGUUUAUGCAAUUCCUCCCUGCGAAAAGCGAGCGGGGCUGGGUCAUGAUGGUAGAUGAUCCUCUGGCCGGCCUUGCGAUUCUUCAACAAGCGAAAAAGAAUGGCAAUGGGGAAGUUCGCGCCUUGUCUCGAGAGAGGCAGCCGUAUGAUUGGGAUGACACGUGCUUGCCCAAGGACACUAUCAACGACGUUCUGAACAGAGCCAACUUCACCGAGAUCCAGAAGUAUUGCGACGACAACAUCAAGGCCAACAUCGCUAUCCUUAAGCGUGAGACGGGCAUCACCGAUGCGGAGAUCAUCCGCGUGCCCACGCUCUAUCACCCUCACAAGAACACUCUGGGCUGCAGCACAUUCAACGGCACGUAUUGGACCCCCCCGCCCAAGAAUUCCUCCGUCGAGGAGAGAGAUGAAAGGCCUAACGGGCACAAUAUGAGGUAUAGAAAGGCGCAUCCCCUGAAUAUCCUCGAAGCCGCAGGCGUCAAGCGCCCGUCUGGCAUUGCUAAGCGUGACGAAGGCGACGCACUUCAAGUCAGCGCCUUUUAUCCGGGCUGCAUCAACGGCGUUGUUCUUUCCAACACGGACUAUGUGGCCCCCAACCCCUGGGGACCCAUCAUCGAUGGAAAGGACAUACUCGCGACGGCUGUUACCGCUGCGUACGCCAAGGUCAACUACACCAUCCACUACAUGGAUGAUUGGUUCUCGCACCACACGGGGUCGGGCGAGGUUCACUGCGGUUCCAACACCGUUCGCGAGAUUACCGCCAAGUGGUGGUAA